AGUCAACAUCCUGUCGUAAAACUGGGUUUUCCCCUGCAACACACGUACAGGACAUCAGGAGUUGAAUGAAUAUUUUGAUAAACUGCAGACAGUCACUACAUCGGCUGCUUCCUCGUACAGUAAUGGCAGGCGGUGGGGAACCACAGAAGGAUAUCUUUGCAGAUUUUGACAGACUCGGGGCACUUCUUGGGUUUACUAAGCCGAAGGGUCGACCCAGCUCUAACAUAAGUGAGUUCAGGGAACAUUUUGCCAAAGCUAAGCACAUAGUGGUCCUGACUGGAGCGGGUGUCAGUGCGGAGAGUGGAGUUCCAACAUUCCGCGGAGCUGGUGGAUACUGGCGCAAGUGGCAAGCACAGCAACUGGCUACCCCAGAAGCAUUCGACAGGGAUCCGUCGCUGGUUUGGGAGUUUUAUCAUCACAGACGGGAGGUCAUGAACUCAAAGUCCCCUAACAAGGCCCACAUUGCUAUAGCUGAAUGUGAGAAAAGACUUGCAGAACAAAAUCGUCGCGUGAUUGUCAUUACCCAGAAUAUUGACGAACUACACCGUCAGGCAGGCACCAAAAACAUCCUCGAACUUCAUGGAAGUCUGUUCAAGGUGAGGUGUGUGAAAUGUGAAGAAGUGACUGUGAACAGGGAUAGUCCCAUCUGUGCAGCACUGGAAGGCAAAGGUGAACCUAAUCCAGAGGCAAAGGAUGCUGGGAUACCUGUAGAAAACCUUCCACGAUGUAAGAAAGAAAGCUGUAAAGGGCUACUACGGCCCCAUGUUGUCUGGUUCGGGGAAUCUUUGGACCCGGCUGUUUUAGAAAGUUCUCAUAAGGAGCUGGAAGAGUGUGAUCUUUGUUUAGUGGUUGGAACUUCAUCCGUUGUUUACCCGGCGGCCAUGUUUGCUCCAGCUGUAGCGAGUCGAGGUGUUCCUGUGGCGGAGAUUAAUAUGGAGGAAACUGAUGUCACAGCAGGUCUUGGAUUUCACUUCCAGGGGCCAGCGGGAUUCAUUGUGCCAGAAGCUUUGGCUAAACACGAGUCAGAGCCGUGAAACCUUGUGUGGUAAUAUAUACAACCUACGACUGAAAGUGUGCAUGGAGACUUCACACUUUUCAUCUUAAGACAUGUACUGAUUCUUCCUACAAGUAUAUUUAAACUGAUCGAGGGAUUAGCCCGAAAAUCUGGAUACUUUAUUUCAAUGGAGAUAAUUUAACUCAACUUUUAUAUAUUAUCAUGUCUGUGCACUUUCUGUAAAUUGACCAUGCACAGAACUUUAACAUUUGGCCAGUUUAAAGAGGGUUCCUUUGGGGGAAUGUGGACAUCUUAACACUGGUACUUUAUACAUUGGGCAUGGGUUCACCUGAAAGUAGGUCACUCUGACCUACAUUGUGACCUUUGACCUACUUCAAAGAAAAAGUUUGUCUGGACGCUAUCUCCAACACAUCUUAACACUGGCACUUCGGACUUUACACAUGCUGAAGUGUGUCAUGUACCAAAAGUCAGUCACUCUAACCCACACUUCAGAACUUCUGUGAUGGAGUCCAUGCAUGCACACAGAAAAAAAAAUUCUUUCUUCCGUGUUUGUGAUACUUUAAAUAUUCAGUUUCCAUACUUAUUUUGUUUAACGUCCUAUAAACAGCCAGGGUCAUUGAAGGGCGUGCCAGGUUUGGAGGUGGAGGAAAGCCGGAGUAACCGGAGAAAAACCACCGGCCUACAGUCAGUACCUGGCAACUGCUCCAUAUGGGUUUCAAACUCACAACCCAGUGGUGGAGGGCUAGUGAUAAAGUGUCGGGACACCUUAACCACUCGGCCCCGACCGUUUCCAUACAGUUUGAUCCUGAUAUAUCUGUACUCACACAUUUAAUGUGUUAUCUUUUUAAAUACAAUUUACCGGAUUUGGGUAUCAAAUAUUUCUUAUUCAUGAGGCAGUAUAAACAUAAUUUGUUUUAAUUGACAAAUUACCCAAAAGUAAGUUGAAUUAUCAGUUCAAGUUUACACCGAAGAUUGGGCCAUAUCAUUGAUCAAAUUAUAUAUGAGUCUCAUUGCCUUUGAAUUUUUUGUUUUCACAUCAGAAUCCUGAUAUGAAAUUAGUGAAAUUACUAAAAUUCAUACCACUAAAUAAUGAAGUGAUGAAUAGGUGUCAACAGAUCCAAUGUCAUGGGGAAAGGGUGCCACUUAUCAGUAAAUAUCCAUCAAAUUUAUUUAUCAUCUUUGUCUUGUCUUGCCAUAUAACUUCACAUUCUGUGUGGGACUGUAUAUUGCUGAAUUGUAUUGUUUAUGUUAUAUUUAAGUAUCUGUUUUGGAUAUUUCCAACCUGGUUUGGUGCUUAUUUUGUUGUAAUAUAGCAUUCGAGAAAAGAAUUAUAUCACUUUGCUUGUCCACAGUCACAGUUUUUAGUUCUGAAGAAACAUGUUCAGUUUUACUCACACCAAGUACAACCAUCAAAAUUGGUUGGAAAAUGUUGGAGAUCGCCAGACAACUAAUAAGAGUGGAAGUCAUGUAAUCCCAGGCUUUCGUUUUGUUUUGUUUACCUUUGAAUGGUGAUUUUACUUCUUCGCUCCUUUUAUCUGAAUGCCACAUAUAUUAUCCUUUCCAUAUGAUCGGGAAUUUUUAUAAAUGAAAGAUUGUAUCGUUUGUUACUUUUUGCAAUAAAAAUGUUUUCAAUUUA